AUGGCCAAGGCAGCUGCCUUCUCUGUUUUCAGCGUCCUGGUGACAGGAUCCAAUCAAGGGAUCGGCCUGGGUCUGGUGAAGAGGUUUCUGGAGCUGCCCUGUCCACCCAAAUGGGUCUUUGCUACAAGCCGUGAUUUGCAGGGGGAGAAAAGCAAGGAGGUAAGGGAGUUGUCAUGUAAGCAUCCAAAUCUGGUGGUGUUGCAAUUAGAUGUCACUAAUCUCGAGAGCAUCCAAGCAGCUCUGAAGGAAGUGGGGAAGUGUGUUGGAGAAGGUGGUCUGACCCUCCUCAUCAACAAUGCUGGCAUUUGGAUAUACAACGAUAUGGAAACAGAAAAUGUCAAGGAUAUGAUGAGAGUUUACUCUGUUAAUACCAUCGGUCCGCUGCAAAUGAGUCAGGCAUUCCUACCGCUGCUGAAGAAGGCAGCCCGGAGAAGUCCAUGUCAAGGGCUGAGCAGCAGCAAGGCGGCUAUUAUCAAUAUAUCCAGCAAUGGAGGAUCAAUAGAACUUGUGGCUUAUUGGCAUGUAGGAGCUUCAAUUUCAUAUCGCUGUAGUAAGGCUGCUUUAAACAUGCUCACCAAGUGCCAAUCUCUUGACUAUUCAGCCCAUGGGAUUAUGAGCGUCUCCAUGCAUCCUGGCUCAGUUGAAACAGCUCCCAACCGUUUUCCGGAAAUCAGCGUGGAAGAGAGCACACAAGGCAUCGUGAAUGUGCUGUCCAAUCUUUCUGAGGUAGACAAUGGCACUUUUCUCGAUUGGUUGGGUCGUCAAGUUCCCUGGUGA